AUGGGAAGCUCUAUUAGUUGUAUAAUUGCGGAGAUAUUGAUGGAUUGGGUUUUGGACCAGGCUAUUAAUAAAGUCAAAGAAUCAUUGAACUAUGACAUAAAAACGAUUAAGAAAUAUGUGGAUGAUAUUUGGUUGGCGUUACCUGAACGGAUGGCAAACGGCAUUUUGGACGUAUUUAACAGUGUUUGUAAAUCUAUUCAGUUUACAAUGGAAAGUGAACAGAAUGGACAAUUGCCUUUCCUAGACACACUAACAAUACAUAAUCUAGACGGUAGUAUUUCCACUGAAUGGUACAUUAAACCGAUUGCUAGUGGUAGAGUACUUAACUUAAAUUCAUUUCAUCCGUUGAACAACAAAAUUAGCACAGCAGUGGGUUUGAUUGAUAGGGUUUGCAAACUUAGCUCAAAUAAAACUCAAAAGGAUUUGAAGGACGUCAUUUUCACAAUUCUAUCACGUAAUAAUUAUCCUAGGCCAUUAAUUAAUGGGAUUUUCAACAAAUACAAUAGUAAUAACAAUAGGACGACCACAACAAAUGCUACACCUGUGAUGACAAGCAGUAAUAUUACACAAUUCUAUUCGUUGGAGUAUAUCAAUGGCAUUUCAGAACAUAUUUCUAAACUGAUCAGCACGUAUAUGGAUUGUCGUAUCUCAUUUCAUACAUCUAAAAAAGUUGCUGCUCUGUUCUCAAAUGUUAAAGACAAGAUUCCGAUUAGAUCGCAAAGCAAAUUAAUUUAUGCCAUUAAAUGUUUGGAUUGCCGUGAUAAGGAAUACAUAGGGAAUACAGCUCAAUGGUUGAGUAAGAGAUUGAGACAACAUGAAUUAACAGUGGUCAACAAUGAACGUUAUAAAAGUGCAUUAGCACAACAUGCCAUUGAUAACAAUCAUCGAUUUGAUUUUGAUAACGCAAAAGUCUUAGCUAAAUGUAGUAAUAUGUCAAAGAGAUUCUAUAUAGAAGAACUGUAUAUAAAAAAUUCUAAAAAUUGUGUUAAUAUAAGAAGUUUGGAAUCUAGUAACGUUGGCGUCAU